GCGGCCGGCCGCGCCGUUCCAGUCUGCUGAGAGGUGGGGCUGGUUUUAGUCGUCGUUGCAGAGCCAGACUGGGCACUACAGAUGAAGGGAGCACCUGCCGCGGUCGAUAUUGACGGGCGCCAGGUGCACAUUGGGUCCGCGGUGCAGCUAAAUUGGCUUGGGUUUGGUACGAGGGCUUGUCGUCGAGAUUGGACCAAAACGAAACCUCUGUAAGGUUCGUGAUGCAAAGAGCAAGGAGACGGUUCUGCUUGAGAGCAGUCACCUUCAGCUCAGAGACGAUGGAGUGGCUGACAAGCGACUGGCAACUGGGGCACGGGUGGUGUACAGGGAUGGAGAAUGCGGGUGGGAAGGAGUGGUAGAGACCAGGUCUGCUGUGGGAGCAAUCUUAGUCAGUUGGAGGAAGUCUGGUUUAUCAAAGGAAAAACUGACGUGGUUUGAGCUCUCUCACAUUGCCCCCAUCAUCCACAACGAACUGUAUGUUGAGCACAACCAAGACAUACUGAAGGCACGGAAGAGUGGACUCCUGCACAAUGAUGCAAUCGAACCACGACCUCGCACCAUGGACAACCUGCUCUAUGAGUCUGGAUCGGAUAAAGAAACGGAAACCCUCACCAAGUUAGCUGCUAGCAAGAGAUACAUGGCUCAACGCAACAGGGGUAAGGAUAGCAGCAGUCACUGUUUUGAGGGGGAAAGAGUAGCAGAUAAGGAGAAAAAACUUGACAACUCGGCACCAUUUGCACUACAGCCAGAUCCACUGCGGUCAUAUCCACUUCCCCCUGCAACUGUCUUCAUGCCCCUCCCACCCAUGAUGUCCCACCUACCAAUGAUGCCCCUCCCACCAAUGAUGCCCCACCCACCAAUUAUGCCCCUCCCACCAAUGACGCCACACUCCAAUAGCUACAUGUCUCUCCCUCUCGACGCCCACAUGAAAUCCGCGUCAUCAUUCACGAGUGCACCUGGUGACCCACACCGGUCUUCCUCACCCCAUCCUCGCUCUCUUACGAGGCUCGGGCAAGCCCAGAGCUCUACUCGUCACUGCAUCACAACCUACACCACCUACACCAGUGGAAUACCUCCCCACCCUUCAUCCAAGUUCUUACAAGGUCUGCAAGAUGCUAAUAUCGGGAAUCGAAUAUCGGGCCGUCGGACAAAGGCAAGGGGAAGGAGAUCUACAUCAACCCUGUCUCAAACACACUCAGAGCCAACCCACUACCCCAACAAAGUCCAAACUCAACAACAAAGAAGCCUGAGGUUCCCAACUUCAUCAAAAGAAAAGAGUGUUCCACCAACGCACAUGUCCCAACCCACAAGCCACUACUCCAUAACCAGCACUCAGUCACAGCGGAGCAAAGACAAUCAAGUCUUGGGAAGAAAGAAGACGUGUUCCAGGGUGCCACCUCACCUCUUCGUCCCCGAGCACUUCCUCUCAGCUGAAAUCUGACACUGACGAUAGCCGACUCAACAGCCCCACUCAACCAGGGGGAGUGAGAUUGGUUCGAGAGAGGGAUGCAUAGUGGGUCAGGUGGUAAUAUGGGUGAGAGGAGGCCUGAAAUGGAAGUGGCUACAGAUGAUGAGGAUGAUACAGCCAGUAUUCACUGAUAACGAUGAACACAGUGAACGAUAACAAAAGUGAUGUGCGGACGGAGAGUGUCGGCAGUCCGCCUAUGAGACUGUGUCCCACGGAGCGUCCACCCUCCUGACUGCGUGGCCCAGAGUCAGCACUCUGUCCCCGAUCAGUGGCUCAGGAGGGAAACCCAUCUCGAACAUGACCCAUCUUCACUCAGCAGUCACCAGGGAUGCAUCCGAUCCCGAUGGCCUCUCUCUCUACCUCACCGGGGAGUACAGGUGUGUCGUCUCCGAUGGCCACAGCUCAAUCGAGAGGGUAUUCCACUUGGAGUUGUGCUCCGAGACACUGGUUUCUGAGGCAGAGGGGUGGAAACUCAUGUUGGGAAUAUUCCUCCUGGGUAAGCAUCCAGACCAUUGACUGGGUUGUUUAAACCAUGCACUCCUGGCAAGGAGCUGUGCCCAUUUGGAGGAUAUACUGACACUGCACAUAGUGCAACAUGGUCCAUUGCUCUGUGCACCCACUCACCCAUGUGCUAUGGAAAGA